AUGAAGGCCGCCAUCCUCUCAAUCGCGGCUGGCUUGCUGCCGCUCAUCGCAGCCGUACACACCUCCGUACACACCUUCUCCGUGGAGGCACGGGAAGAGGCCGCCAUUGCCAGCGUCACCAUCCCGUCCGGCACCAUCAUCGGCACCGCAGGAGAGACCGUAGAAACGUUCAAUGGCAUCCCCUAUGCCGAUGCGCCGAUUGGCGACCUGCGCUUCAGGCCGCCGGUAAAGCUGUCCCGGGACCUGGGCACGUUUGACGCCACGGGCACACCCCGUUCAUGCCCUCAGGGACCCAUCCUGACUCUGAAGGGCCUCUCCAACGUCGCUGAUGCUCUCGUUGCUGGCGCCAUCGUUAACGAUACCUCGGGCGAGAGUGAGGCACCCACAUCGGGGGAAGACUGUCUGACGAUCAACGUCCAGCGCCCGAAAGGGGUACGGGCCGGCGCCGGCCUCCCUGUGCUGUUCUGGAUAUUUGGCGGUGGCUUUCUGGCCGGCAGCACUGCGGGCUACAAUGCCACCCAGCUGAUUGAGACGGGCCUGCUGCACGACCAGCCCUUUAUCUUCGUGGCGGUCAACUACCGCGUCGCUGCCUGGGGUUUCAUGCCGGGCAAGGAGAUCUUGGCCGAGGGCAGUGGCAACGCUGGGCUUCUUGACCAACGGAUGGGCCUCGAGUGGGUUGCGGACAAUAUUGAGGCUUUUGGUGGUGACCCGGGCAAGGUCACCAUCUGGGGCGAGUCUGCCGGUGCCAUCUCGGUAUUUGAUCAGCUCGUCCUCUUUGACGGCGAUGCCAGCUACAAUGGCAAUUCGCUGUUCCGCGGCGCCAUCAUGAACUCUGGCUCCGCGACGCCCACUGAUCCCCUGGACAGCGACAAAGCCCAGGCCAUCUACGAUACCGUUGCCGUGGCGGCCAAUUGCACGGGCACCGAUUCGCUGUCGUGCCUCCGCAAUCUGGACAACGACGUCUUCACCGUCGCCGCCAACUCGGUGCCGGGCAUCAUCUCGUACAGCUCUCUCGCCCUGUCCUAUCUGCCCCGGCCGGACGGCAGGGUACUGACGGACAGCCCGGACGCGCUGCAGCGGGCAGGCAAGUUCCACCAGGUGCCCAUGAUUAUCGGGACGCAGGAGGACGAGGGCACGCUCUUCAGCCUGACGCAGCGCAACAUGAGCACGACGGAGAAGAUUGUCGAGUACCUGUCGGCGUACUACUUCCACAACGCUGAUACAGAGCAGGUUACGGAGUUUGUCAACACGUACAGCAGCGACCCUCGCGACGGAAGCCCGUACCGCACGGGGUAUCUGUUUGAAGGCUAUCCCGGCAAGAAGAGGAUUGCCGCGAUACUGGGCGACAUUGUCUUUAACCUGGUCCGCCGCAUCUCGCUGCAGACGUUUGCCAGCGUUGCGCCGACGGUGCUAACGUGGUCGUACUUUUCGUCGUACAAGUACAACCCGCUGCUCGGGCUGUUUGGCACGUAUCACGGGUCGGACAUUGGCGUCCUGUUCAAAGACUCCAACGACAAGUAUCCGACCAUUAGCGGGCGGACGUACUAUCUCAACUUUGUGCAUAACCUGGAUCCCAACAUUGGCACCGAGGUAGACGUCUUUUGGCCGCAGUGGAAGCAGGACAAGAAGCUGCUGCAGUUUAAGGCAAACAGCAACGGGCUUCUGGAUGAUACGUAUCGCAACGCGAGCUACACUUUUUUGAUUGACAAUAUUGAGGACCUGAGAUUCUAG